AUGGGCACCGAUAACAUGGAGGCUGCGGUACAGCUUGAGCUGUGUAUCCUUCGCGCUGUCACACCGAAGGACUAUCAGUGCGUAGUGGAGCACAAUUGUGGGAUGGAUGGGAACUCUGUAUGCCUGCUGCAGACUAUCAUGCAGCACAAUGCAAUGGUGCAGUUGGGGCAGACGAUAUUGGCAUGUGAUAUCUUUUCGGCUGAUCUCACGGUGGUUGACUUGGCUCCGGCUACAGCUGGAGUGUUGUGUGAUGCCACAACUAUAAUUGUGCUUCCACCGACGCGUGGGGACGCAUUUGGGCUGAAUGACACUACACGCAUAACCGAAUGCAGCUACAAGGAUGACGACGGUAAUGUAGAUGCCAAUGAUGAUGAUGAUGACCUAUGUGUUGCCGUGUUGGAUGAUUCAUUGACUGGUUCUACAGCGGAGUCGUCAGAGGGUUUUUUUCUGCGUACCCUCAUGAUGGACGGUGCGGUUGUGUGCGUUGGCGACGAAGAGUACACGACCGCCUUCUCCAUUCACAUGCGUCGGCAGGGCAAGGAGACGGCUGAAGCUGUCCCCCACACUGCACGCCGCGCCUGA